AUGACAGCCUCCCUGCAGGUGAUCGUGAAGGCCAUCAACACGACCCUGCACAGCAGCACAGGCAGGGGUCUUGAAUUCUUCCUGCCAGAAAGACGACUGGAGUAUUCCGCAGCGACUAUGCCGUUAGAGCCGGCUGCUGCCAAAGAUCGCCCGCUUCUCAAGGCGGUGGCAGACCAGGAGAAGGUGGGUGUCAAGGCCUUCAAGGUUCUACCGGCGAAAGCCCGAACAUUAUUCGAGGGCAACGCUUUGACAAGAGCAGGCUUAUCCGUUCAAGUUCUGAAGGCUACGAUUUUAUCUGCCACAAGUCACGGGUACCAGGGAGGUGGAACCUGGCUCAGCAAGCAGGAGCUGGUGCAGCAGUUCAUCGCGAAGUUCCGACACGACAGUGAGAAAUGGAUCGAUCUAUGCGAAGGCAUGAAGCUGGACCUUGGGAAGGAGGUGGGCAGCGGGGACGACCAAGUGGACCAAUCCUGGGAUGACGACCAAGCACCUCCCGCAGACGCAGAGGAGGCUAGUGAUGAUGAGGAGGCCCAGCCCACCAACAGGCAGGAGUUCCAGAAAUGGAGGGGGAAAUUUCGCAACAACGUGGAGCUCUCGGCCGAACUGCUUCAAGACAGGUCGCUGCAGCAGUGUCUGCGGAUGAUCCAUGUGACCACACAACCAGCAGCCCAAGAGUAUUAUGAUGCCAUCCAGAUUCAGAAGAAAGGCAGCCCAGCUGAAGUGGACUGCAGCAAGAUGCUCGGGAUCAUGGAAUCUGCAUUCUUGGACACAACGUGGAAGGUCCUUGUGGAAAUCAGCAGCGCCAGGUGCUGGUCCCAAGCCAUGUACAGCACGUGCGUUCCCUUUGCGCUGUCUGCCGUGUUCGGGCCCCGCGAGACACACGAGCCGGCGAUGCACUUUGUGAGGACCCUGGAUCGUGGGCUUGCAGAGGCACAUCGCCUUAAAGCAAGCGAGCCCGGCAGUCCGACGGCAGUGGCUGUGACUGCUCUGCUGAAGGAUCUGUGGUGGCACACGACACAGCUGGCGCUCGAAGCCAUCCAAACAGUUCGCAAUGCUAGGUUCUCUGCGCAGGACACAGAGCUGCGCAGCUUGGUUUUCUCCUGUUUUGCUGGACCCGCGAACACCAAGUUCACUUGCAAGGACACUUUUGCGCACUUGCAACAUGUAACUCAGAGGAGCCAAAAAGGUGCACAAGUCAUGUCGAAGCAACUCGGCUGCAACUGGUGGAGCAAAUACUUCUAUGCCUCGACGUGCAGCUCCGCAUUGAAAAACGGCUACAAGCACAUUUGUUGCACACCAUCCGACUACCACACGACGCGCAUGGAGAAGUCGGAGCGGUACGGUGUGUACUUCAGUGCGACAAAGCCACCAGCCAAGGAGUUGGAGGUUGGGUCAUUGGAAGAGGUGAAGCAAAAAUGGGGCACGGCCGGCACGAUCGCUGACAUGCGGAUGACCUCCGCAACGGUGACAUUGCAUAGGUGCGCUGAGCAGGACAGCUUUGAGGGAGUCGCGGACUACUGGACAGGUGUCUUUUUUUCCAAAGGCCUCGUGAUCCUGAACGAAGCAGAAGACACUGCUUACCUAUCCUUGGGCUUCCGUGGGUGGGCUGCGCAAGCCGUCCCGCUGCGCGUCGUGGGGAAGACGGACGGCGAUGAGCUGAUGUUUGUGGUGUCAGCGGACGUUGUCCAGGGACGGAUGCAGCCGCAUUGGUUGUGGAACCGCACGGCAUCAGCGACAGCGACAGGAUGGAAAGCCUGUCAAGUGAAUGUCAUGCACCCGGCAUGCCUGCCUUUGCCUCACCGACGUCACGUUUGUGCGCUGCGCCAAUGCAGCCCCGUCGAGGGAUUGGUCAAGGCUUGCUUGCGCGCGGGCUGCGUGCUGAACGGGGAUGUGAUAACCAAGCUGUGCAAAGCCAACAAUGCACCCAAACCGGUCCCGACCGGGAAGAUGAGCAAGAAAGGAAAACGAGGCCUCAAAAAAGUGGAUCAUGUACGAGCCCUUCUCUCUGUGGUCUUCGCCGACCUCGACAAGGACUGCGACGAGUUCAACAGGAUACUCGAAGGUUUGGUAGGUGGGAAAUCUGCCACCUACCCGGAGGACGUCUCGGCGGAUAUUUUGGACGGGAUCAAAGCGCUCGAUCCGGAGAACCAGGCAAAUUUUUCUGGGCUCCGCUCGAUGGCGGAGAAAUGCGAAGAGCAGAAGAUGAGACAAGAAAUCAUCCGCGAGUACGCCGAAGGAAGCCACUUGCCAGGUGCAAGCAAGCAGCCCAAUCAGCCGAAGGCCCACUUCACGCCGAGUGCUUUGAAUGACUUGCUGCCUGGGAAGGGCAAGCGCAUCCCGCAGGUCUACAUGCAACGGUGCUGCACCUGGGAUGGCGUGCAACGCCGUCUGUCGGAGGAGCAGGCCCUCUACGAGGUGGUGUGCAAAAUAUGGAAACUCCACUUCGACUAUGCAAAGCAUGUUCAACAAGGGGAGGUGACGCAGCUUGGCCAACUUUUGACGAAGUUCGAGCAGCCGUCCGUGAGCUGCGUGCAGCAGACGAGCCAGCGCCGGCACGUGCAGCGCCCAAGGUUCCUUCGAUGGACUUUGGACUUCAUUCUGCCGCGGGUGCUGGACCUCAGUGGUAGAGCCUGUGGACUUCGUCCCUCCUCCUCCUCCGCAGUGGACUUCGCCCUUGAUCGCAGCUCCGUCCAUUCCUGGGGCGUGGAGCAACAGUCCAUCUCCUCCGAAGCAUCCUGCGUUUGGAGCACAACUUCCAGUGCCAUCCUGCCAUGCUGUCUCCUCCUGCGCGGGAGCGGCAAUGCCUCGAUACCAAUCGCCUCCUCCGAGGCCUCCUUCGUCCACUCCGCCUCCGAGCCCACCGGCCCCUUCGGGUUUAAGUCUUCCCAUAGCUGCCCCGCGGCCAACCAGGCCUACGUGCGGUGGCUCUCCACUUCCCCGCUUGAAAGGCUGUCGAUCCAGAAGGAGUUUGAUCAGGUAAAUUUGGUGCAGCCCCAGCAUGCCUUGCUGGAACAGCGAUGCGUGACCUUGAUUCUUCAGGCAAUCCCGGAUGCUGUGAGGGUUGACAUUGUCGCCUCACGCCACCUGAGUGUGGCAGGAAUGAUCUUUCGUCUGAUGACGGUGUUUCAGCCCGGGGGAGCGUCAGAACGAUCCACCAUGUUGCGUUUUUUGGUGACGCCGAAGGCUGCUUCCACUUUGUCGGAGGCUGCAAAGCUGCUGAGGCAGUGGACCCAAUGGCGGAUGCGCCUGAAACAACUGCAUGCAGCAGAGCCUGACACUACGCUUCUGGUUAAGGGUUUAGAUGUCCUGACAGGAAAGGUGUUGCAGAAGCACUCCGCGAGCCUCUUCCGACUUGCCACUUUCCGUGAGCGGCUUGGGGUUGACUACCAGCCGACAUCCGACGCUGUGUCGGAGUUGUGUCGAAUGAUGCAGGCGGAGGUUGAACACCUGAUGCACUCCACAGAUGACAAUCCUGUGAAGGAUGAGGUUCAAGGCCGAGGGGAUGAUGCUAAGAAGCAGCGCUUGCAGCGCUUGCAGACGUCUCCCAGAACCCCGAAGGCCAAGGCUUCUCCAGCGGGACCCAAGUCGCCGGGUGCAGGCAUGAAACCUUGCAGAAGCUGGCUAACGGCUAGCGGUUGCACGUACGGGUCGUCCUGUCAGUUCUACCACGACCAGGAUGAAGAAAAGAUGCGGGGUCGAUGCUUCUGUUGCAGUGCCGAAGAUCACUGGGCGGACUCAUGCCCGGUGAAAGCCAGGUUAAAGGCGGAGGCUAAGGUUGCUACCGUAGACCCUCAAACCGCGCCUGCUGGGACCGCGAAUGACCAGGCAGAGGCUGCAGCUCCGAGUCAGGGGGAUGGCAACGCAGCCAUCAAUGCAGAAAUCUUGAGUGUGCUAAGGUCGAUCAAGACCAAGGCCUUGCGGCUUAGUGCUGUGAGCAACCCGACUGGCUACGGCUUGUUGGAUAGCGGGGCCUCCGCUUCUCUCCGCCAGGCAUCGCCUCAGGAAAUCCAGGAGUCCCGCCCGGUGAGCGUGUCUCUCGCGGUCGGCGAGGCUUUGAUGCAUGUGAACUCCGCCGGGACUUUGUUGGUCAGGGAGUCAGUGCAGCCAAUCUUGCCGAUGCAUGCGUUGCCGCUUUUGGGCUGUGAGAUCAACUGGACUGACCGGGGCAUUCACGUGCGGCAUCCAGGUCUCGGGAUUCUCCCGGUGAGACUCAAGGAUGGCACUCCUGAGUUGCCAGAGUUUCUGGUGCUUCGCCUGAUUGGCGAGUACGAGCGCUUCCUCUUGCGCCGUGAGACCUCAAGGGCCGUGUCGCAACAGCUUUGGCAGCGAUCAGUUGGCCAGGAGGAGGUUGGGCUUUCUUCCCUAAGGGAGUGGGUUGCAGCCCAUGUGGCUGCAGAUUCGUGCAGCGAAAGUGAGCUGCAACUGAUCGUUAAGACCCUCUUUCCUGGGCUCCCAGAAAGGUUAGCGUCUCAGGUUGCGGUGAGUCCCACCUUUGAUCCCUCCUGCGUUCCUUUCAACCGUCGGACCAGGAGACAGCUGUUUGAUCCUCAGGUCCCAACCUUGGUGCAUCUGUUUGCUGGAAAGCAGCGGUGGCGACAUUCUGUCGGCCAAGUGCUUGAGGUUGAUAUCUCCAGGGGGUCGGACCUUCUUUCUGAUGAUGUGUUUGGCAUGCUGCUGCGGGCAGCCACCCUGGGUGUCAUCGAUGGGGUCGUAUGUGGCCCGCCAAGCAGGACCUUCAAUCCUGAAGCCCUGGCGUCCUCCUCAAAUGGCUUGAAGUUCCGAGGGGAAGAGGGAGAUGAUAGGUUUGGGUUUUCAGACCUCAGCCCGUCCGAUCGUGCUUUGGUUGAUCGGGACACCCUGUUGUUCCUCCGGUCUCUGCUGUUGACCUUUGUGGCCUCGUGUGCCAAAGAGAAGUUCUUCAACUGCUUAGAAAUGCCUGAGACUUCCACUGCGUGGGAAUGGCCCGAGUAUGAGAAUGUUUCUGUGUGUCUGGGGGGAUGGACCGCCAGCUUCGACCAGGGCACUCUUGGCCAUCCCUGCUCUAAGGCCACGGCCGUGUAUACCAGCAGCUUUCAGCUGUACGAGUCUCUUCAUGAGCUGAAGCUUCCUCCAGAGGUGAUUGAAGCCCCGGCUUCUAACUUCUACGGCAAGGAGUGGGCUCCUGGGCUUGUUAGCCGGGUUCUGAGGGCCUGGGAUGACUACUGCUGUGUCAGCUUUGAGCGCUUGCAGGCUCACACCCGUGAGCGGGAAGGAGUCCUUCUCAACUUGUGCCAGGAAGCCACUGUAGCUAAGAUGUCACCCGAGGUUUGGGAAAGGCACUGCCAGGCAGAUCACUUGCCGUAUCGCAAUGAUUGCCCAAUUUGCAUUCAAGGAGCUUCCCGCGAUCGCUCCCACUUCACGAAGCAUCCGCAUCUGUUUGAGCUCUCCAGUGAUGUUGCGGGUCCGUACCACAAGGGCCGGGACUUUGGAGGAGCGUGCAGGUAUUUUGUGAUUUUCACAAUAAGGGUGCCGGUCAAAAGUGAUAAGAAGGAGUGGCGGGAUAAGUCUUCUGAAAUAGCUUUUCAAGAAAAGGUUGAUGAGGCUAAGGCCCAGGAUAAGGAGGAUCCCCAUGCAAGCUUGAUCUACCAGCCGGUGCAUGUUACUGGAGAGCCCUUAAAGGGGGAUGCUGAGCAGCCUUCUCGGGUUAAGGUUUGCACAAAGCUUGGGGAUGACUUCCUUGAAGAGCCAAGCUCGGCCGUUGGGGUUUCUUCCACGCCGGGGGAAGAUGACGACUCAGCUCUUCCUGUGAGCUUUGAGGUUAAAUCUCCUCACAAGCCUCCGCCGCUUCAGCCUGAGGGCAGUGAUUCUGAUGAUGGUCAAGAGUUUGUGACUUUGGUGUGGGCUGAGCCGCUGAAGACCCGCCAGUCCUUCAAUGUGCAGCUUGCAAUCAUGCGUGCUGUUGCCCGCCUCCGAGCGUUUGGCAUUCCGUGCUUUCGCUUCCAUAGCGACAGGGCUCGGGAAUACUUGAGUGAUUCGCUCGAAAGGUUUCUAGCCGAGCAGGGCAUUCACUCCACAAGGACAGCCCCUGAGGACCAUCCCUCAAACGGCGCCGCUGAGGUCGCGAUUCGAGAAGUCAAGCGAGCGGCCCGCAGAGCUCUUCUUUCGGCGAAUCUGCCUUCGUGCCACUGGCCCACGGCAGUGAGACAUGCCGGAGAAGUGAUGUGGCGUAAGGGCCUUGUUCGUUUGGGUGGUGCGGCCAGGUCUUUGCUGGCUUACGGCACGCCUGUUGAGGCUCGCAAGCGCCUUCGCCACAGGGAUGUUUGGAUGUCCCGAACUAGGUCUGGAGUUCUGAUUGGCCCGGCUCCGCAGACCUUGUCCUCGUACCUUGUGCUGUUUGAGGAUGACACGGUGUGCAUUACGUCGGCGGUGUAUCCUGUUGAUUACCGGCCGCGCCCUCCGUCUGAGCCUGCUGAGCCUCCUCUUAGGCCGAAGCCCUUGUCGGGUUCCAGCACAGGUGCGUUUUUGCCGACGCCCCACUAUCGUCACGGCUCCAAGGGCCCUUCUGUUCGGGUCACGUUGCAAGGCCCUUCUCUUCCUGCUGCGGGGGGGAUGAGUGCCAUAGCAGAUUUUUCGGAUUUUUACGGUUCGGGCGAAUUUUCCCGUCGGAGUUUUUCUGAGUCUGAGGAUUCCUUGAAAGCUGGUUCGGAUGGGCCGGUUGACUUCUUGUCAGAUUCGUCUGACUAUCCACAGACAGCUGGGAUGCCGGAAGUUCCCCAGCAGGAGUUCUCGACCUUGCAAGGUGUCUGUGAAGAUCCAGCUGCGUCUGAUGAGGUUUUUUCUUCUGAGGAUAGAAGGGAAUCUGGAGAGGACUCAUGUUCAGAGAGCCCGGGGGAGAUUGCAGAAACCCGUGAAGCGGAUGACGCUCCGGGAAGGCCGCCUACCAAUUUGGGCGAGGGUUCAAGAAGCCCGGGGGAGCCUUGUGGGCAUCGGGUUCUAAGGUUUGUGGGUCCGAACCCACAGCGUAUGCCUGAGGCCACUCCAGCCCCCGGUGGCAGGAAUGUGCAAGGCAUCAACCGCCGUGUGCUUCAGGUCUCCUUUGCCUACAUGUCUCCUGAGCAGUGGGCAGCGGUGUGUUAUCUUGAAGAGGAGGAAUUUGAACGUCAGAUGUCGGACCUUACCCGCUUCUUGGAUCCUGGUGAUCCUGUUGAUGGGGAUACCGAAAUCCCCUUCCUCCUUCUUCGGGGUACCUUGAGAAAUCACCGCUGGGAUCGCUAUCCCACCAUGGAAUAUCAAGAUGCCGAUGGCCGCCGAGCCCCGUUGUUUGAGGUUCUUCAGCACCAUGAUGAUGAUGGCUGGUAUGCUGAUGAUAGCGCAUUUGGGGAUAUAGGCUAG